AUGCCCUCGAGAGCUCAUCGCGAUUAUCAAAAAGGCUUCGCCGGAAAAAUAGGAUGGGGGCAGAGGCCGGCGCUGCUACUUGUCGAUGUUUGUAACGCCUACUGGAGCGACGCCAGUCCAUUGGACAUCAAAUCGAACCCUGCGUCUGCGGCGGCGCCCGCGUCCAUCGCAAAACUCGUCGCUGCCGCACGCCAAGGCAAGGUGCCGUUGAUCUGGACGCGAGUCGAAUACACGGAACCAGACAUGUCGGAUGCAGGACUUUUCUACAGCAAAGUACCGCUAUUGAAGCUGUUCCAGACCGGCUGCGGCAACGGCCUUGAAAAAUGGAUUCCGGGACUAGAGCCUGUUGCUGGCGAAGUCGUUGUCUGCAAGCGCUACCCGUCCGCCUUCUUCGCGACCGACCUCGCUACAAAACUCCAGCUCUUCAACGUCGAUACUGUCAUAAUCUGUGGCGUCGUUGAAGAAGCAUGUGGUGACAAGUCCCCUGCUGUCCAUGAUGCGAACAUUGCCGAUAUCAACGCGAAGAUGGCUGAUGUCGUUUCUGAGGAUGAGGCAAUCGAGAAACUGGAGGCUGGAUGGCAGUGA